AUGCUGCCCACCGCCGACGACUGCGAUGACUGCGUUCCCGACUACAUGCGCCGCUCGGCGUCGAGCACUCUGUUCUCGUGCCUGCCCUUCGUCGCCACCUUCCUCGUAGUCGCCCUCAUCGUGCACCACCGCCUGUUCCCGCUGCUCUCGGGCUCGCAAUCGCCCACCUCGCCGCCGCCGCCGCACCACCAUGAGUCGCACUCGCCCACGACUGCCGUCGCCUUCCGCGAGCCGUGGAGGCGGAAGUUCGGCGCUCCGUCGGCUCAGCGCGUCGCCGGGCUCGUCUUCUCGACCAACGUGGCCCUGAGCACCGUGCUGGUCGAGCUCAUUCUCUGCGAAAUCUCGAACUCGCUCAACCAGGCCGCCCGCGGCCUGGCCCUCCGCACCACCCUCUCGCUGCUGCUGGUCCUGAUGAUACUGGUCACGCCCGCCCUGGAAAUCCACUCGGUCAUUUCCGCCGGAGGAUGGAGCUUCACCGAUUCGGGCAAGGGGGGGAGGAUCAAGAUUGCGUGGUUGCUGGAGGGCGUUGGAAUGUCGCUUUGGUUGCUGGGUUUCUGGUGGUUGGGCGAGGGGCUGCUGGGCAGCUACCUGCACGAGAAGAGCUAUGUGAACAAGCACAGCUUCAGCGAAGGAUGUCUCGAGCGGAUCGGUGUCAUUGGCGUCAGCCUGAUGGCCAGUCUUGCAGGCUUUGCCGCCGUUAGUUCUCUGUGGCAGAACUUUGGCGUCAAGCAGAAGACGAUCACAGAGGCAGACAUUGCUCGCAAGCAGGCUGGCCUGGACGCAACGAAUGACAUGCUGCAGGCCAAGCAAAGUCGGCUGCGUGCCGUGCAGCGCCGCCUGUCCGAGAACCAGCAAGAAGGCUUCAUGACGCGCGUUAUCGGAAGCAUCCGCGGCAACGCCGAGCAGCAGGAGCGCCAGAGCCUGGAGCUCGAGAUCUCCGGCUUGGAGACCAUGGCAGCCGGGCUCUCCAACUCGCUGCUGGCCAUGCAGAACAGACGUCAAGCCCAGCUGCGGUCCAAGACGGCCGUGGGCAAGCUGCUCAACCUCUUCUCGUACAUUUUCUCCAUUUACUGUCUGUACCGCAUCGGUGCAACCACACUGACGACAUUCCGCCGCCUGCACUCGCCCGGCACCAACUUCUCCAACAGCGACCCCAUCAACAACAUCCUCGCCCUGCUGGCCAAGCACUGGGACCCGUCGCUGGACCGCGCCGCCUGGUCGCGCCAGAUUUCCUUCUUGCUGGCCGGCGUCAUGCUGCUGGCCUCGUUCAACAGCGUGCUGCAGACGUUCCUGCUGCUCUCGCGCCUGGCCGGCCCCGCCCUGGCCCUGCUGCAGCACGCCCGCUCCAACCUCGCCCUCAUCGUGUCGCAGAUCUCUGCCGCCUACGUCAUCAGCUCCGCCCUGCUGCUGCGCUCCAACCUGCCGCCCGAGUACCGCGGUGUCAUCAGCGAGGCCCUCGGCGCCCCGCUCGAGCCCGGUUUCGUCGAGCGCUGGUUCGAGGGCUGGUUCCUGGCCGCCUGCGUCGCCUCGGCCCUCGGCGUGUGGUUGGGCAAGAAGGUGAGGAUGGGCGAGUGGGGAGGCGACUUGGACGACGAUUACGCCGAGGCCGACGUCGAGAUGGGGAAGAUGAGCUGA